AAUUAUAACGUCACUCCACAGCCAUCUCUGUCUGUCCUCAUGAGUACAUGUACCGUUAAAGCUAGGUAAAUACACGAAUCGUUAGUUGUUCUACUGUUCGGGAAACACAGAAGAUCAAUGUUAUAUAACAAGGUUGUCAGUGUAAAACUGUAUAACAGGUUUGUGUCUGAUGCCAGCCUACAUGUAACUGGACCGAAUCGGCGUACAUCAUACACGCUUACACAUGUGAUGAUCUACAUGUGUUAUUUGUAAAUUUUACCUGAACGGGCUAGGUAUUUCUCUCACUGCACGAUAAGUUGGACUCAAAACCACAACAAUGCCUACUCCAAGCUGGCCGGAUUCUAAUUCUAUUGGACCACAUGGGUUUGCAUUUCCAUCAUCAUUUCAAGACAGUUUUCAUAAAGCUGUCCGAAUCGACGAAUUGGAUGAGAAUGUAAAUACCGAUGAGGCCAAUAUCAAUACGGCCGAGAAAAACAGACUGGACAGACUGAGAAAAGAGUCUGCCUUGACCAUCAGCAUUCCUCAGUCUAGUGGCUAUGAUAGUUAUGAGGAUAAUUCCAAAGACUCUAAAAGAAGUUCCUAUCAUGUGAUGGAUAUUGAACAAGAUAGUAUACAGGAACAAAAACAGUUUUUAGAUUCCUCAGAUGGUAGUGGUGAAGGAAACAGACGAAAAAAACGGACGAGAAACAAGUGUUAUUGGUCAAAAUGUAAAAUUGGAUUAACUAUCAUCGGAGGGACACUUAUUCUAUUUGGUGUGAUAUUCGGAGCGAUUUAUUUAUCAAAAUAUCUGGAAUCUUCAGAUGACAGUGACGGGGAUGAUAUUUCCACGAACCAUUCCCAUGUGCAAAUCGUUACAACACCAAAAUCUCAGAUUCCAACAAAUGAGACUCCUUCGAUUGACCACACCCAUCCGCUAGUGGCCAUAAGGAUGGUUGUGGAUGAAGAUUAUGUUGAAAACGGUAAAGGUCACGUGGUUCUGUGGAGGCCACCCCAGGGUAAACACAUUCAACAAGGAAUCACCUACAACAAUGGUUCCUUCAAGGUUCCGAUGGAUGGUUACUAUACGUAUACAUCUACACUGGUGUUCGAUACCCGCAAUGUCGAUAAGGAAACCGGAAAAGAAAUCCGUUUUCACCAUUGUGUAAAUGUAAAAAACACACAGCAGCGGACAUGCUCCACAAAUGGAGUUCCGGUCAAUGCAAUCCGAAGCGAUAUCGUGUACGACUCUUUGGUGCACUUGAGCGCAGGACAGGAAGUAUACGUCACCAUCAGUAAACUCGGUUUUAUUUCGGAUACAAGCGACAGUAACACAUUCACCAUGAGAUUAAGUUCAAAACAUAAGAAAACACGGUGAACAAUAAACGUUAAAAUCCUAAAAAGGGUAUUUAUAAUACUUUGACUGAUAUGAAAUCGACACCCCAGUCGAUGAGGUUGCCACGGUAACUGAUCGUUGCCAGGCAUAAUAUGGCACCAUUCCAGUAAGCGACGGUCAUUAUAAUUGAAUCGAUUUAUUGAUGACCGUGCGUCAGUUCUGCGCACUGCGGAGACAUGACGUCAUAGAAUGCCAUGACAGAUGAAUGGUCCUAAUUCUUGUAGAGUUGUCUCGUUAUUCCAGAAUAAUUUGUUACAGACAAAAUUCGAGGAAGACAUUUAUUUUAUUUGUCUUUUAGACCUCGGAUGGAUCACAGGGGCUUGGCACGAUUUUUCAAAUGAUGGUCCAUAUAUAUAUGUAUUAUAGUAUCAAGCCCCUGUGGGAUGGAUGGUUAUUUUUCUGGACCGGAAGUGAACUUGGGUCCCAGCUCUCCAGAGUUGGGGAUGCAAUGUGAUUUCAUAAUCGUUAGCUGGAUGGGUUUUUGACAAUAUAUGAUCGGUUUCUUUUACAAACAGUUACUCAUUGUAAUUUAAUUUCAAGUUGAUUUGAUUUCUAAUCUGCUUUUGACAAAGAUUGUUGUUUUCAAAUCCUGUCAAUUUGAGCAGCUUACUUCAAAAGGGCAUAAUCUUAUAGCUGUUUCAAGAAAAAAGACAACUGAAUUUCAAUGCGGAGUCCAUAUUAGAGAAGCGAUCAUGAACUGUUUGUGGCUUUGAUUAGGCCCAAAAAUACAUUACUGCAAAAUUAUUGGUAGGCAGGCAUUUAAUAUUCCCCAUAUUGCUUUUACCAGAGUUUUGUAUAGCAUGCUUACAGCUUUAUAAAUUAUUUAAUUAAUAACCUUUAAAGUCAGUAUAUAAAACGUUUAAGUGUAGUAAGCAGUCAUUAUAUUUUGUUAUUUAAGGUAACCAUUGCCACUUAACAUAUUAUUUGUUGUGAAAAAGUGUUUCAUGUAUUAUUUUGAGUUUUUCGUUGACGUUGCGUUCUCUCCCAUCUACAUUUGAAUUUGUACUGUAGCAAUAAUUUUUUGAAGCACUUCUUUCUUUCUGUUUGUGCUAAUCCUGGAAACAGCAUCACCGUAAAGUUUUUACGGAACAUAUUUCGUUAUAGUAAUACCAAAAACGGGUUAAAGUUAACUUACUCGAACUUAGAGGGCCUCUUUAUCUGAAAUAUUGACCAUUCUAACGUCAUAUUUUAUUAGCCUUGAUAGCUUAUCUAGUCAUUAUAUAACAUUCAACUUAAUUCCACCGUCUAAAUCCAAGGGCCUGGUAUUAUACUCCGUCCUUGCACAUAAAAUCUGUUUAUAGAGAGCGGAUCUCCUUGAUUUCGAAGAUACCUAAUUCCUGUUUCAAAUCUAUCAUCUCAAACGCCUUGGUUGAAGUUUAUUUUUUUCGUGCUUACCUGCUAUACAAUGUAUCUCUUUGGUAACCUAAAUCUUCAGCUCUUUCUUCUUGAUUUAAAAAAAAAGAAAUAUACAUGUAGCCAUGUCUAUUCCCCAACUUUAUAGCACCAAAGCUUAUUGUGAGUUAGCCGUAUAUUAAAACUGAAAAAAAAUCUCUCAAAUUAAUUAAAAGUUCAUGAUCAUGCAUCAUAUUUUAAUGUCUUCAUUUCUAAAAGAAGGGUUGUGAAAAAUGAUUCAGUUUCUAUCGGAUUCUGGACAGCUGAACACGCAUCUUAUUUACUUAUUAGAUUUAAAGAAAACACCGAUUAAGACAUUGAAUUGUCAAAUGUAUGAGAAACUCAAAAUAUCUUCACAAACUCUUCAAGAUAUUUGUAAAGAGAAUAUUCUAUAAGUUGUUAAUUAUCGUAUUUUGAUUAAUCAUGGAUGAAUUCGCAGGGCAUUUUUGUUGAAGGAUUUUAAAUGUUAUUUUUGUAAUUCAUGUAGUAACGGUCUUUUUGAUAAUGAGCCAUUGUUAGUGAACUGUGUGCCGUCUGUAUGUAUAUUUUUGGAAUAUUUUUUGCAUAGUCACAAAUUUAUUUAUUUUAAGCCGGCUGCCUGUUUCGGUGCUACACUAACACAUUGCUAGGGAUGAUAUCGAGAUAUAUUUAGAAAGCUAUUUCCUUAUCUAUGAAUGUGAAAAUAUCACAAGUAUUAGUCAUUCACGGAAAAAAAAUUACAUAACCGACUUAGGGAGAGGUUAUCUCAUUAUAAGUAUGUUUGAUUACAUAAACCUGUACAUCUACUCCUCAUACCGAGCGACAAUGUCCGAAAGAAUUUCAUUCAUGAAUGUUAAGUGUGCAUUGGAUGUGUGAAAGAUUUUAUAGCAUGUUUUGUUUAAUAAGUAAUUAUUUGAAAAAAAUGUAAUGAUAAUCUGUUCAUGUUCAUGUUUCAUUCAAAGUGAACACCUGCAGUAAUUUGAGAUUGCACAUAUUUGUCGCACCUUGACAUAAAUAGUUGUUUCUAUUGGAACCAUUCAGCAUCAAUGGAUUAUAAUCUCGUGAUAAAAAUCAGCAUAAAUUGUUACAAGAAUCAAUGCUAUAUUGACAAUUAUUUUUGAAAUUUCAAAUAUGUAUUUCAGAAGUAAGUUUAGUCUAGACUGCUGAAUGUGCCUAGCACACAUUACAUAUUUAUAUUUAUAAGAAAUGCUGUCUUGUACAGAAGUAGGUUAUCAUUGUACAACACUAAAGUUGUUGUUCUUUGAAUAAAAUAAGAAAAUAUUUUCAA